AUGCGGUUCCACACCAGGGAGAGGCCCUACGAGUGUCCCCAGUCUCAGAACAGGUUUCACACCAGCACCCACCUCCUUGUACAUAAACGAAUUCACACAGCGGAGAGGCCCUUCUGCUGCCCCAACUGCGGGAUGGCCUUCAGGCACACCUCCACCCUCGGCCGGGCCAUGCCCCCGGCCCGCCCCCGGCCCCGGGCGGGGCUGCCCCGUGCCCGGCCCCGGCCGUCCCGCCGCGGUCUCGCCUCCGCCCGGCUCUGGCCGUACUGGCGGUGGCGCUGCUGGGCAGGCAUCAGUGCCUGGUGCGGGGGCGGCAUCGCCGCCCUUCGGCUCCGCCUGGCCCGAGCCCGGCCCCGGACCCGACGCAGGGUCCAGUCCCGGCCCCGGCCCCGGCUUCUCCCGGGGUCCGCGGAGCACACACGCGGCGCGGCCGCUCCCGCCGCUUCCGCUGCGGCUUCCCCGGCCCGAGCUCCGGCGCUCGGCAGCGCGGCCUCCGGCCCCGAGCCGCCGGGGCCCGGGGCGGGUGGGGAUGCCGGGCCCGGGGCGGGUGAGGGGCGCUCGGGGGCCGUUGCUGGCCCCGGGCCGAGCGCUGACAGCCGCGUCCCGCCCGCAGGGACGGCGCAGGAGGCCCUGCAGGAGCGGUACCGGCUGGGAUCGCUGCUGGGGCGCGGCGGCUUCGGCAGCGUCUUCGCAGCCACGCGGCUCUCGGACGGCGCCCCGGUGGCCAUCAAACGCGUGCCGAGGGAUCGCAUCCGGCACUGGGGCGAGCUGCCCGACGGCACCAGCGCACCCCUGGAGAUCGUGCUGCUGGCCAAGGUGUCCUGUGGCUGUGGCGGUGUCAUUCAGCUCCUGGAGUGGCUUGAGCUCCCCGACAGCUUCCUGCUGGUGCUGGAGCGUCCGGAGCGGUGCCAGGAGCUCUCGGGUUUCCUGGCAGAGCGGGGGUUCCUGCCGGAGGAGGAGGCGCGGGGGCUGUUCCGCCAAGUGCUGGAGGCCGUGCGGCACUGCACCAGCUGCGGGGUCCUGCACCGGGACAUUAAGCCCGAGAAUGUCCUGCUCGACCUGGCCAGCGGGCAGCUGAAACUGAUUGACUUUGGCUGUGGCGCCUUCCUCCAAGACACAGCCUACACCCAAUUUGCAGGAACCCUGUCCUACAGCCCACCAGAGUGGAUCCAGCACCAACGCUACCACGGCGAGGCAGCCACGAUCUGGUCCCUGGGCCUCCUGCUGUGCCACCUGGUCAUGGGGAAGCACCCGUUCAGGAGGGGCCAGGAGAUCAUCCGGGGGCGAAUCUUGUUCCCACAACGGCUCUCUCAAGUGUGCCAAGAUGUUAUUAAGAGGUGUUUGUCCAUGCAACCCUCGGACAGGCCAUCCUUAGAAGAACUUUUCUGUCAUCCUUGGGUGAAGGGUGUUUCCCUGCCCUAGAAGACUGAAGAAAUCCACGUGCACAGUUGGAUCCAGGGGCCUAGCAGGUACCAGCUCCAUGCAUCUCUUGGCAAUCAGUGGCAAAGCAAACCAGGCUGGUUUUGUCCUGCCUGUAGCUCCGAGCAGGGGUCAGCAGAAGGGAACAUGCAGCGCUUGGGCUGGAGCUGAGCUGGAGACCCGGUGUGACAAGCACUGGUGGCCACCAUCCCCUGGUUUUGUUUGUAUGGUUCAUGGAUGGCUGGGGCCCUGGGCAGAGCCCUGACAGCCUGGUCUGACCCCAGGGAAGGGAAAGGAGCCCCUGGAGAAGCUGUUCCAAGCAGGGCUGCUGCUGG